AAAUCAUAGAAUAUCAAUCGUUAAUCUUCAUAAUGUUAAUCUCCCAAAUUACUAAUUUGUAAAAAUAUUAACAGAUUCUCUGUUAUUAAUAUAAUCUUGAAAUUAUUUUUUUACCCGGAGUGCGAGUCCGAAUUGAAGGUUGAUCCAAAGUCCACUCCUCGGCUUUCCAAUUUUUAAGUUGUUCGAAUUCGAUUCAUUUCGUGGUUUAGUUUCAGUAAUAAUUCAUCAUCAGUUGAGGUUCGAUAGGGAAUUUUCACAAAGAAAUGGCCACUUUGCAAAAGCUAUCUAGAGGUUUAUUGAGAUCAAAGAGUCGGGCGGUUUUCCUUUCCUCUAAAUUAAAUAAUUCGACUGGUUAUUCAUUUGCUUUGACUGACACACAAAAAGAAAUACAAGAUGUGGCGAGGAAAUUUGCCCGUGAAGAAAUUAUGCCUAUUGCUGCCCACCAUGAUAAAACAGGAGAAUAUCCUCAUGAAAUUGUAAAGAAAGCUUGGGAACUUGGACUCAUCAAUGGUCAUAUACCUGAAGAUAUUGGUGGAAUGAACAAUAGUGUCUUUACUGGAUGUUUGGUAGCUGAAGAACUUGGUUAUGGUUGCACGGGUAUAGCUACAGCUUUAGAAGCCACAGGAUUGGGUCAAACUCCAGUCAUUAUUGCUGGCAACAAAGAACAACAAAAGAAAUAUCUGGGACGGCUCCUUGAAGAACCUCUUCUUGCAGCUUAUUGUGUGACUGAGCCAGUGGCUGGAUCCGAUGUGGCUGGUAUCAAAACAAAAGCUGAAAAAAAGGGAGAUGAAUAUAUACUUAAUGGCCAAAAAAUGUGGAUCACAAAUGGGGGAGUUGCAAACUGGUACUUCGUAUUGGCUCGCACCAAUCCAGAUCCUAAAGCUCCUGCUAGUAAAGCUUUCACUGGUUUCAUAGUGGAGAGGGAGUGGCCUGGAGUAACACCGGGAAGAAAGGAACAAAAUAUGGGUCAGAGAGCUAGUGAUACCAGGGGUAUCACAUUCGAAGAUGUUCGAAUUCCAAAAGAAAAUGUGUUGAUUGGAGAAGGAGCUGGUUUUAAAAUUGCUAUGGGUACCUUCGACAAAACAAGACCUCCGGUUGCCUCCGCCGCCACUGGUUUGGCCCAAAGAUGUCUGGAUGAAGCAUCUAAAUAUGCCAAUGAGCGCAAGACUUUUGGUGUGCCAAUUUCCCAUCAUCAAGCGGUAGCAUUUAUUUUGGCCGAUAUGGGGGUUGGUGUUGAACUCUCCAGAUUGGCUUGGAUGAAAGCUGCAUGGGAAGUCGAUAAUGGUAAGAGGAACACUUACUCUGCUUCAAUUGCAAAAUGCUUCGCUGCUGAUGUGGCCAACAAGAAUGCUACUGAUGCUGUUCAAAUUUUCGGAGGGAAUGGAUUCAAUACAGACUAUCCAGUAGAGAAACUGAUGAGAGAUGCUAAAAUAUAUCAAAUCUAUGAGGGAACUGCACAGAUUCAGAGAUUAAUUAUUUCCAGGCAAAUAAUUGAGAGAGCUAAGGAAUUGAACUGAAAAUAUUCUUGAAAAUAAUGAAUGAAUAUCAUCGAAAAUAAUUUUUUGAAUUGUUUUUAUGAAUGAUUGAUAGUAUCAUAUUUACAACGGAAGUUUUGGCGUAAAGUUUACAAUAUUCAAUAAAUAUAUAAGUAUUUUUAUACAUAUCAGGUUGAAAUUUAAUAAAUAAUUAUGUUGA